CCCCACAUCUCACAAUUUUCCUUCAAGCCUCAACAGCUCAACUCAAUUCAAUACCAUCCAAAUUCAGAACGCCUUCAAUCCUACAUUCUCUCUCUACUCUCUCUCUCUCGUAGACAGAAAGAAGAUGAAGAUGAGCAGCAACAACAGCAUUGGAGGGUCAAAGAAGAGGAUAUCAAGCAAAGGGCUAGGUGGAGUCCUUAAAGAACAAAAGACCAGGCUCUACAUCAUCAGGCGAUGUGUGGUCAUGCUUCUUUGCUGGCACGAUUAAUCCACACUUCGUCAUCAAUGGUGGCUGCGAUGAAUGCGAUAUUUUGUUUUUUUUGGUUAGGAGGGUAAAUAGCAGCGGCUGAUAUUAGUUAGAGAAUUAGAGACUUUGGGGAGUAACAAUUUUAGGUCCAAUUGGCCUUUUGGGCGAGUAAAAUUUUUUUGUCCAAUUGAUCUUUUGGGCUUCUUGUAAAUCAGAUAGCUUUGGACUAAUUAUGAAACCUUUGUUACAGUAAACUUAAUUUUUGUGACGGUCCAUUGU